CGCUCCGACCCCGACCCCGGCCCCGGCCCCGCCGCCGCGCAGAUAAAGAGACACAGAAGGACAAGAAGAUGAAACUCUGGUUUGCAUCACUCAGAAAAGGCAGUCUAAAUUGAGUUUAAACUAAAGAAGAAAUUGAAGUUUGUCUCUGGGUUAGGCGGCAAACAUGAACGUGAAGAAGUAUCUGGUGAAAUGCCUUCACCGCCUGCAGAAGGGCCCGGGCUACACGUACAAGGAGCUGCUUGUCUGGUACUGCGACAACACGAACACCCACGGGCCCAAGCGCAUCAUCUGCGAAGGCCCCAAGAAGAAGGUCAUGUGGUUCGUGCUCACCCUGGUGUUCGCCUGCGUGGUCUUCUGGGAGUGGGGCCUCUUCAUCCGGACCUACCUCAGCUGGGAGGUCAGCGUGUCCCUCUCCAUUGGCUUCAAGACGAUGGACUUCCCGGCGGUCACCAUCUGCAAUUCCAGCCCUUUUCGGUACUCCAAAGUGAAGCAUCUGCUAAAAGACCUGGAUGAUUUAAUGGAGGCGGCGCUGCAGAGGAUCCUCACACCGGAGCCAGGAGCCGGCCUGGGCAGUGCCAACGACACUCAGAAUCUGAACCUCACCAUCUGGAACCACACUCCUUUGGUGGUGAUCGAUGAGCGAGACCCACGGCAACCCAUCAUCCUGGACAUCUUCGGCAACAGCUACAACAACUCUGAGACCAUCCACCCAACCUCAAAUGAGACCUGCAAUGCCCAGAAGUGCAAAGUGGCCAUGAAGCUGUGCAGAAACAACAGCAGCGUAUGUUCCUAUCGUAACUUCACCAGUGCCACCCAGGCGGUGACAGAGUGGUAUAUCCUUCAAUCUACCAGCAUUCUCUCUCAGGUGCCCCUCCAAGAGAGGAUUGACAUGGGUUUCCAGGCAAACAAGAUGAUUCUGGCAUGCCUGUUUGGGGCAGAGCCCUGCAAUUUCAGGAAUUUCACUGCACUAUUUCACCCCGAUUAUGGCAACUGCUACAUCUUCAACUGGGGCAUGAGGGAGAAAGCCCUACCUUCCUCCAAUCCCGGGGCUGAAUUUGGGCUGAAGUUAAUCCUGGACAUCAGCCAAGAAGACUACAUCCCCUACCUGACAUCCACGGCCGGGGCCCGGCUCAUGCUGCACGAGCAGCGGAGCUUUCCCUUCCUCCGGGACGAGGGCAUCUAUGCCAUGGCCGGCACGGAGACCUCCAUCGGGGUGUUAGUGGAUAAGCUGGAACGGAUGGGAGAACCCUACAGUCACUGCACUGUCAAUGGAUCUGAUGUCCCUGUCCCAAAUCUCUACAGCAAAUAUAACACGUCCUACUCCAUACAGGCCUGCCUGCGCUCUUGCUUCCAGGACCACAUGAUCCGCAACUGCAGCUGUGGCCACUAUCUCUACCCUUUACCCAAAGGGAAAAGUUACUGCAACAACCAAGACUAUCCCGAUUGGGCUUACUGCUACUCCGCCUUGAGGAUGAGCAUUCUCCAGCGAGAGACCUGUAUCGACCUGUGUAAGGAGUCAUGCAAUGAUACACAAUACAAGAUGACCAUCUCUAUGGCUGACUGGCCAUCCGAGUCCUCUGAGGAUUGGAUUUUCCAUGUAUUAUCCCAUGAAAGGGACAAAACCCCAAACAUGACCAUGGGCAGGAAAGGGAUUGUCAAGCUGAAUAUUUUCUUCCAAGAAUUCAACUACCGGACAAUCGCAGAGUCUGCUGCUAAUAAUAUCGUCUGGUUGCUGUCAAAUCUGGGAGGCCAGUUUGGAUUCUGGAUGGGGGGCUCGGUCCUAUGUAUCAUCGAGUUUGGGGAGAUCAUCAUCGACUUCAUCUGGAUCACCAUCAUCAAGCUGGUCGCCUGGGGCAAGGGGCUGAAGCAGAAGCGGGCACAGGCCCGCUACGCUGACCCGCCGCCCACUGUGGCCGAGCUGGUGGAGGCACACACCAACUUCGGCUUCCAGUUUGAUGAUACAGGCACCGGCCCCUCACCCGUCAGCUACCCCGAUGGGCUGAGUGUGCCCAUCCCGGGCACUCCGCCUCCCAACUAUGACUCCCUGCGCGUGCAGCCACUGGACGUCAUCGAGUCGGACAGUGAGGCCGAAAACAUUUAAGUGCUCUGAACUCCUGAGGAUGGUCUGACCUGUGGGCCCAAUGUUUGUGUGACUGACCGCAGGGACCAAAGGGCCAGCCUCCUAGAUGGUAAGAAGAAACCACCAGAUUACAUAGAAGAAACAACUCCAAGGAAGUCCAGCUGCUCCAUUCGCUGGUUCCAGGUUCAAUUCACUGGGGCAGCAGCCACCCUCGGGUUGGCAUCUCUGGUUCUAAUAAUCUGUAAGCUAAUUGCUUCUUGAAUAAUAAAGCACUGCCGAUGCAGAGAAGGCAGCCAAUCCCAGCCUGACUGGCUUGAGGAAGGCUUAGAGGCCAGGAAAGUCUAGGGAGGAGCUCAUCAUCACUUUAUUGAGCACCUGCUCAGGGCAGAUUAUUGACUCUAGGCACAGAGAAUUACAAAGAAUAGGACAGGAUUCCUGUUCUCGAAGAGCAUGUGACCUAAUGGAAUUGGACUUUUUCGAUCGAAGGUUGGCGAGACCUGGCUCUGGUUAAGGGCACAGGAAGUAGGGAGGCAAGGGAAGGAUUGUUCUUCACACACUAUCUCCCACAAACACGAAGUGAAUUUGUUAAGUGGAUUGAGCCACACACCCAUCCACCAAAGCGGCUGAGGAUCUCUGGCAGGGACUGAGGUCUCAGGACCCACUAAUAGUUAAAAUGCAGCAAGGCCCCCACACCACCAAAUCGCAGAUCAUUAGGGAUCGUUCACGAGAAAUCUCCCCUAAGUAACCUAAGCAUUUGAGCAAUGCCUUCCACCCUCCACAACUUGUCUACCAUGAGGCUCAGAGAGCUGGGGAAUCAGCUCCGCGGCCACUUGGUAAUUAACUCUAGGUAACCCAAUGCCAUAGUUUCCAUUCCAUAAUAAACUCAGGAGUCCUCUACUUAAGUCUCUCGGAGAAAACUGGAAACUGGAAACAAACUAAAAACUGGAAAUUGGAAUGUUGGGAGACUUAGCCUGGCCUCUGCGGUAUCUCCAAAAGAGCCUGGGUAUAUUGAGGAAAUACCAAUUCCAAAAACCACCAAGGCCUCCAGCAGCAUCGGCAUUGAGACCUGAAGUAGGCAGUGGAGCAGUGGAGCAUGGAUAUAAAAACCAAAGUGGGAAAAGCUCUGUCCUGGUGUUUUUAGCUCUUAUUUUGGCUAUACAACUUGAGCUUUGGGGGCUCCUUUAAUGGUUGAAUCAACCACCACCUUCUAUCUUUAGAGCACCUUUAAGAAAGAUUUAUGGACUUCAUCUCAUUUACUUUUGCAGUAGCACCAGGAACAAAGAGUAUCCAAAGACUUGUCCAUAUAACUUGUACAGAUCAAUUAUUAAAGGCGAGAUCAUGAACAAUAAAGUUUUGGAAAGUAGCAUCAAAGCUAUGCUCACCUUAACACGGUCAGGCCUGGGGGGGACAUGUGAGGAGAAUCAGUGACGGCAGGAUAACUGAACAGCUGCCAUCUGGAGAGCUGAAAUAGGGAAAGUGAAAAUAAGGAAGGCGGAGGGAAUGUUUUAGGGACGUGGGAAAAGCAAACCUCAGACGUCGCUGCGUCCCAGCUGAAAAUUGGGAUGCCGUGGGAAUGCACUGUAAGCUCACUGUGGGCAGGGAAUGUGUCUAUCAACUCAUGUAUUG